AAGACAGAAAAGGCAAUAAAUUAGAUAAUUCUGGAAUUUACCUGUAAGCGAAAUCGAUCGUAUUGGUCAGGAUAUAAAAGAACGUUGCUUAUUAAGAGACAGUCAGUCUACAAUUGGACAGCAACCGAGAAAAUGAUCAAUCGCCGUCAACGUUUGGAGUUCGCACUCAGCAUAUUGCCCUACGACCCCAAGAAGGUGCAGCUAUCUGCCGCACAACAACAGGUGGAGCAGAUAAUAGCACGCCUGCGCACAGAUGACACCUCCGGCGAGGAGGAAAGUGACGAUGAGAAGGCGCGCCAACGGCAGCGCGACGCCAAAGGCUUUGCCGAGCAGACCAUGCGUUGCAUAGAGGAAUCCGAAGGUGUCUACACCAGGCCCAAGCAAAUGCUUAGCACUUUGGCUACUCUGACGCUGGCAGCUGAGAAACUGCUGAAAACACAAUGCAAGCUGGAUGAGGAGAACUUAGAGGAGGAUCACGAGUUUAUCGACAACUCUGACUUGGUCAUGGAUGAGGAGGCAGCGCUGGCCAAAGUGGAUCGCCGUGAGCUCAAGGAGAACAACAUUCAAGCGCUGAAUGAAGCGCGCCUCCAGAUGCUUCAGCGUUGGGAGCGCAGCAAACGCAAAGCGCUCGAUUUGCUCACCAUCGAGAUCGAGAAGGUGCAGACCAUGGAUCAGGAGCACGCACAGAGAUCGGCACACUUUGAGCUGUUUCGCGACGGCGCCGACGAGCACAACACAUCAACACCCAAGACAAACGAAGACGAUGAUGACGAGAAGGAGAACGAAAAUGCCAUUGAGCUGGACGAGGAUGAUGAGGAGUAUGUGCCCAGUGCCGAGAGCAGCGGUAAGCGCAAGCGUCUCAAGAAGCCUGUUACAUCUACACCAAAUGCAAAGCGCAUUUGUCCGCAAAUUGAAUUCGAUCACGAUGCAGGCUCAACUAUGGUCACCAUUGGGCCCAAUGGCACACAGAUAUCGCGCGCUUGCCUGCAGGGCAUCAACUGGGCCAUGUCCGGGCCGGCCAUAACCCGCAAGUUGCUUUGCGAAAUCUUCGAUCGAGCCACCCUCGCCUUCCACACGCUCUCCGGCAAGCCGUCUCCCGCCUUCAAGGACUGCGCACGGCCCAGCAAGCAGCAGCUGGACCCUCUAAAGGUAGCCGAUCUUGUCUAUCUGAUGACCAACAGUCUGCAGAUGACGCCACGUGAGGUGCGCACCGCCAUAACCACCAAGUGCGCCGAUGAGAACAAAAUGCUACGCACACGUCUUCAACGGCGUCCUCGAAAGACUAUCUAAUAAUAUCUUAGUAACUAGCUUAAGACUUAGAUUUAGGCCCAGUGCAUCGAAUUUCGAAUUUAUAAAAUAAACAUU